AUGGUGAUCUGCUUCUGCCGCCAGGUUUUGUACAAAGUCUACAUCUCCUUCGUGGAGCGCUUCACCACCGUGGUGCCGGAGAGCUGCAUGCUGAUCCUAUUGGGCCUGGCUCUGGGCGGGGUGGUGCUGCUGGCCAAUAGGAAGCAGCUGUACCAGCUGGAGCCCGCCCUCUUCUUCCUGUUCCUGCUGCCCACCAUCGUGGGCGACGCCGGCUACUUCAUGCCCGCCCGCCUCUUCUUCGACAACCUGGGCGCCAUCCUGACCUACGCCGUGGUCGGCACGCUGUGGAACGCCUUCUGCACCGGCUUCUGCCUGUACGCCGCCAAGCUGCUGGGGGUCAUAGAUGAGCGGGUGCAGGCCGACCUGCUGGACUUCCUGCUGUUCGGCGCCCUGAUCUCGGCCGUGGAUCCGGUGGCGGUUCUGGCCGUGUUCGAGGAGGUCCACGUCAACGAGAUGCUGUUCAUCAUCGUGUUCGGGGAGUCGCUGCUCAACGACGCCGUCACCGUGGUUUUGUACAAAGUCUACAUCUCCUUCGUGGAGGUGGGAGCCGAGAAUGUCCAGACGGCCGACUACUUCAAAGGCGUGGCCUCCUUCCUUAUCGUCAGCAUCGGGGGCACAAUGGUGGGGCUGAUCUUCGCCGUCAUCCUCGGUUUCAUCACUCGCUUUACCAAGAAGGUCCGAAUCAUCGAGCCGCUCUUUGUCUUCCUGAUGGUGUACCUGGCCUACCUGACCGCGGAGCUCUUCUCGCUGUCCGCCAUCCUGUCGAUGACCUUCUGCGGCAUCGGCGCCAACAAAUACGUUGAGGCCAACAUCUCCCAGAAGUCUCGGACCACCGUCAAGUACACAAUGAAGACUCUGGCCAGCAUCGCCGAGACCAUCAUCUUCAUCUUUCUGGGGAUCUCUGCGGUGGACAAGUCCAAGUGGGCCUGGGACACGGGCCUGGUCUCCUGCACCCUCGUCUUCAUCUUCGUCUUCAGAGCUAUGGGUGUGGUCGGUCAGACCUGGGUUCUGAACCGCUUCCGGCUGGUCCCAUUGGACAAGAUAGACCAGGUGGUGAUGUCGUACGGUGGCCUGCGGGGGGCAGUGGCAUUUGCCCUGGUGGUGCUGCUGGACGGCCAGCAGGUCAGAGCCAAGGACUACUUUGUGGCCACGACCAUCGUGGUGGUCUUCUUCACCGUCAUGUUCCAGGGUCUGACAAUCAAGCCGCUGGUGAAUUGGCUCAAAGUUCCUCGUGCCACCAACCGGAAGCCAACCAUCAACGAGGAGAUCCACGAGAGGGCCUUUGACCACAUCCUGACGGCCGUGGAAGACAUUGCUGGGCUGCAGGGCUACCACCACUGGAGAGACAAGUGGGAGCAGUUUGAUAAGAACUACCUGAGCAAGCUGCUGCUCCGGAAGUCUGUGUACCGCAAGAGCGAGCUAUGGGAGGCGUACCAGAAGAUCAACAUCCGGGACGCCAUCAGCGUCAUCGACCAGGGGGGGAACGUCCUGACCUCGGCCCGGUUGUCUCUGCCCUCCAUGGCCAGCAGAGCCUCCUUCCCUGAAGUCACCAACGUCACAAACUACCUGCGUGAGAACGGCAGUGGCGUCUGUCUGGACCUGCAGGUGAUCGACAACGUGCCCGGCGCCAAAGUGGAGGAGGAGAGCGAGACGCACCACGUCCUGGCCGGGAACCUGUACAAGCCCCGGAGACGGUACCAGUCCCACUACAGCCGGCACUUCAUGCCCCUGGGGGAGCAGGAGCGCCAGGACCGAGAGGUGUUCCAGAGGAAUAUGAGGAGCCGCAUGGAGAACUUCAAGUCUACCCGCUACAAGAGGCACAAGAAGGAGCGCAGCCUGAAGAAGCGCCGAGCGUCAGACACCAAAGAGGACGGAGACAAACCCCGACGCAACGUCAGUUGGCAGGACAAAGACCCGGUGGUCGUCCCCGUGGAGCCGGAGGAGGACAAAGCUGAUCCGGAGGAGGACGAGGGCAUCACCUUUGUGGCCCGCAGGCCAGAGACGCCCAGGCAGCGGCCGCAGUCAGGUAGGGAGCACCUGACCGGUCGCCUGACUAACAACCUGACCGGUCACCUGACCAGUCAGUCAGGUAGGGAGCACCUGACCGGUCGCCUAACUAACCGCCUGACCGGUCACCUGACCAGUCAGUCAGGUAGGGAGCACCUGACCGGUCGCCUAACUAACCGCCUGACCGGUCACCUGACCAGUCAGGUAAGGAGCACCUGA